AUAUUCAACCUUAUAAUGAACACACUAAGACAUCACGCCUUGUGACCUGUGCUAGUGAUUGUAAUUUACUGUCUGGCUGAAACCUGUACCUAACUGCGCUUGAAAGUUGAAAUGGGAACGAAACGAAAGUUAAAGAUUAAAUUAGUAGUAUACCGCUAUGUCCCACUUUUAAGCAUGGUUUAGCUUAGAACUAAUUCAUUUAGCAUUUACUCGACAGAACCUUAGUGUUCGAAAAUGUUAAACGUAAUAGAACUAGGUUUUUUAUGUUUAGCGAUCACUGUUGCAUUAACUGGUUUUGUGAUUAAGAAUUACGAAAAACAUGUACCGGCGUUUAUUUUAAAAGGGUUCAAAUACGGUGCUUUCGCGUACCAAGGCUCGGGUGCUGUUUAUUUACGAGUUAUCGAAGUGUCGAAAGCUCGUUACAGGCACUUCUAUGCAUUUUCAUCUGUCUUUAGCGCGCUGACUUUGGUUUACGCUUUAUUGGUGUAUUUUUAUGAAUUCAAAGUUCACAAAUAUGUCGUACUAUUCCUACAUUUUUUAUUGGAACAGGACAAACCUGCAGUGUCUGUUGCAGCAGUUCUUCUAGCUCUCUCACUGCUUAUGGUUCAGUGUUUCAGAAGAUGCUAUGAAACAUACUACCUACAAGUAUUUGCUCGGACAAGCACAAUGAAUCUCAGCCACUAUAUUGCAGGGCUGGUACAUUAUUUUGCUGUGGUGGUUGCUGUUAUAGGACAAGCACCUUUGUUCUGUGACAAUCAAAACCGAAAAAAAAUUCUAUGGCACGACAUAAAGACGCUUACCUUAUCAAUACCUGUCACCAUAAUAUUUCUAUGGGCAUGGUACGAACAAUAUAAAAGCAAUGUGGUGUUAGCAAACUUGCGCAAAGACCAGAAAUCUAGAAUGGUUGUCACAGAGAAGCAUUGUGUACCUCGUGGAAGGCUGUUUAAGUAUGUGUCAAGUCCACACAGACUUUGCGAAGUCAUUAUGUAUGUGAUGUUACUGAUUUUAGUACCCACAAGGACCUUCUUCUGUAUAUUCUUAUGGGUGAUAUGUAAUCAGGUUCAGACUGCAUUGCAUGCUCACGAAUGGUACAAAAAAACAUUUAUGGACUAUCCCACUGAUAGAAAUGCAAUUAUUCCUCAGAUUUAUUGAAUUUAAAUAUCAGUCGACUAACACGUAAGACGCAGAAGAUAUUUGACGAUUUGUCUAUGUUUUGAUGUUGUAGUAGAAAACGUAUUCAUGUAGUAGAUGGUUCUUUGAAAUGGAUGUAGUAUCAAUGUAAAUUAUCUAUAGGUAUACUCCUUGUUUAUGAGUAUACAUACAUUUCGCGUAUCAAUUUGUCGGUAUUGUAGGUAACUUUUAUCUAGUAUUAGUUUAUCAAUCCAUACAAAGGUAGAAAUUUACUCGUAGCUGCACCUACUUUGUUAGUUUUAGGCUUACUUAUCUCUUAAAAAGGGAAUGGUUGCAUUCGUGACAAUUUUUUGUGACAUUGUCUCAUAGAAUCGGAGACGUAGCACGUAUACGGGAUGGAACGGUAUUUUGUAUUUUGAAUUUCGAAAAUCUAUGCGUAAGUAUAUAAACUAUUUUGUGAUUUCAAACAAUCAGUUGUAAAGUUUUUUGUUAUCGAUAUCAAAAUCAACAACCUUCAGCUAUGGAACAAAGACUUAAUAAAAGUCUAAUUUCCAUAUGACGUCACGAGUGUGGCAUGACACAGGGAGUUUUCGCGGUUUUCUUUAAAAAUAAAAUAGCAAUUUAUAGCAACAACAUUUAAUAACUGUAAAAGAUAUUUUUUUUUAUAUUGUAGAUACUUUUGAACAACAGUUUUUCAAUAUUAGUCUGAUGACUAAUAUUAAAUAACAAUAAACUGUUGUUCAAAAGUAUUCCUAUUGCGUGCGGAUAUUUUUACAGCACAAAUUAUGAUUCAAAGAGGCAUUUACUUAUUUAAGGCAGUACUUGGAAAUGAAAAAUGGGAUUUCAUUGCUUUUUUUUAAUUAUCGAUGAUUAGGUUAUAAUAAUUUAUUGCAGCGUUACUUAAAAACAAAAAAAAUUCCAUUGACUGUAAUUUUCGAAGUAAAUGUAAUAAACGCAUAUAUUUUUUAUGAAAACUAAAUUUAUUGAGGCUAAUUAAAUUU